AUGGAUGCUCUCACCGAUGAGGGUUACAAUGAUGUAUGCGAAGAGCCAAAGAACGAAAUACCCAUACCGCAUUGGGUGACUGCAUUAACUGAGGAUCAAAGAGUUGAAUUCGCUGUCAGCUUAUUGCUAACGUUGCCGACAUCGAAGCUCGCCGAAAUUCAUCACCGAAUUGCCCCACUGCUUCAUAGGGAUUUUCUGGCGCUUUUACCCUAUGAACUAUCAAUUCACGUUCUCUCGUUCCUCGAUGCACAAACGCUAUGUUGUGCAGCUCGCGUAUCGAAAAAAUGGAGAGAAAUUACUUCUGAUGGGAUAAUUUGGAGACGUUUGUUCUUGGAGAAGGGAUGGUCGGUGAACAAAAAGUUGGUCGACUGGUAUCUCUCGAGCUAUACAGACCCGUAUGCAUCAAUGAUUUUACCAAGUAAUGAUGUAACGAAUAAUGGAUUAAUGGAUACGGGUGAUGGUUACAAAACGGAUAGCGUGCAAGAUGAGACGGCUGAUUCUGAACUGUCUGUCGGCUCUAGCGAUGAGUCAAGCACCGUGGCAAGAGCUCCAAGACGUAGUAUCGCAGGCCGGAAUAGUCACAGAACCUCACAAUGUUCUAGGUUUCAUGGUAACAAUUCUCAAGACGUAAAUAAUACACAAUACGGUUCGCCAGCUGACUUUGCGCCACAAUCGGGUUCGCCUAGGCGAUAUUCGACUGCUGGGCCGUCUACGAUACACAACACGUCAAUCAUUUCCCAAGCCUAUAGUAGUAACGAGGAACUGUUGGAUUCGAGCAAUCAGAUGUCGGACACGCAAAAUACCACUUUGGCAAAUCAAUUCUCGAACGGCAACGCCUCAUCAAGCAGAGGAACACCGCUGCGACAUUGCUUACCGACUAGUACGCGGGCCCGACGUCGCCAACAAGUUCCAUUACCUCCCACACCCAUCCCUGCACACUUUCCGUUUCCGCCAUCCGCAUACACUCCUUACAAUUUGCUCAUGCACCGGAAUCAAGCGGGCAUGCCAAGCAUUAAUUGGAAAUACCUAUACCACCAGCGCUCACGUCUAGACUCGAAAUGGCGACAAGGAAAAUACGAAACUCGAGAAUUACCUGGCCAUUCCGAGAGUAUUUAUUGUAUUCAAUUCGAUGAACACAAAAUAAUCAGUGGAAGCCGUGACGAUACGAUCAAAGUUUGGGACAUAAAGACCGGUUACUGUGUACGAACUUAUCGAGGGCACAAAGCUUCUGUUCUGUGCUUACAGUACGAUGACAAGAUUAUUGUCAGCGGAAGCAGUGACGCUACAAUUAUUAUAUGGGAUCUUGCUACGGGUGAAAUUCUUCGCACGUUGGAAGGUCACACGGAAAGCGUACUCAACCUUCGCUUCAACGAUACUCACAUUGUUAGCUGUUCAAAGGACCGUACUGUCCGGAUAUGGCGUCGUGACAGUUUGAAGAGACCUCGAGUAUUAGAGGGACACAGAGCUGCAGUCAAUGCUAUACAGUUUCAGGAUGACUAUGUUGUUUCUGCAUCGGGUGACCGCACUAUCAAGUUGUGGUCUCUUUCAACUGGAGAAUGUAUUCGGACGUUUGAUGGACAUUCUCGAGGAAUAGCAUGCAUACAAUUUGAUGGCAGAAUCAUAGUUUCCGGAUCAAGCGAUAGAACAAUAAAAGUGUUUGAUGUUCAGACGGGCCUUUGUAUCCGAACAUUAAUUGGACAUGAAGAUCUUGUCCGGACUUUACAGUUUGAGGGAAAUAGGAUAGUUAGCGGUAGUUAUGAUGAGACGGUUAAGGUUUGGGACCUUCAGUCGGGUGAACUGGUCGCUAACUUGGCCCAUGUGCAUAAUAGCAGGGUCUUCAAGUUGCAGUUCAACGCUACAAAGAUUGUCAGUUGCUCGCAAGAUCAAAAAAUAGUAGUCUGGGACUUUGCGCGUGGAAUAGAUACAACAUUUUUAGUAUGA